UCAGUGCGCAGGGAACGAGGGAGAGCGAGCACACAGCACACAGCACAAGUCUGGCGUGAGGCAUCACUCACCGUUCUCAGGCACAGCCCUUUCUCAGCAAGUUUCCAGCCAUGACCAACACUGUAUUCGGGAGCAAUACGACCCGCUGGGUCUGCCCUAAUGACCGGCAGCUCACUCUCCGAGCAAAUGAGAAUGAACAGCUGGGGGCCGGCUGGUCGGUGCACACGAACAAGACGGAGAAGCAGAGGAAGAGUGAGGAGCUGACCGAGGAAGAGAAGGAAAUCAUCAACAGGGUGAUCGCCCGGGCGGAGAAGAUGGAGGAGAUGGAGCAGGACCGAAUCGGCCGACUGAUGGACCGCUUGGACAGCAUGCGAAAGAACGUUCUUGGAGAUGGCCUCUCCCGCUGCAUCCUGUGCGGGGAGCAGCUCGGGCUGCUGGGAUCGCACUCUGUAGUGUGUGAAGACUGUAAAAAGAACGUUUGCACCAAAUGUGGAAUUGAAACACCCAGCCGACCCCGAUCCAUCUGGCUGUGCAAGAUUUGCAGCGAACAACGAGAGGUCUGGAAACGUUCUGGUGCUUGGUUCUUCAAAGGUUUGCCGAAGCAGGGACUGCCUGAAUCAAUCCCUGUUGACAAGCAGAAUGCACAGCUGGUCAAAGCAGAACAUCCUUCACAGGAACCUCCCGGUGCUGAGCAGAACCCUUCCCACAACUGGACUCAGAGCAGAGGUCAAGCUGAAGGUGGUGCCCCAGCCGAGCACGGAGAUACGGAUGAGAAGGGAGGAAUCCGCAGAAAGUCAGGCAUGGAAGUCGAGCCUGGGCCUGCAGGCCGCGGUGCUCCCAGCUACACUUCUUCAGGAGCCUGGCCGGCAGAGCCACGCAUGGUGGCAGGCAGUGAAUGCGGAGGAGGUGAGGGUCAGGACGGGUACAGUGGUGACAUGGAGGGAAGCAGCAACAGGAGCCCAGCAGCCGGACGGCGCCACUCUCCAGCUCCAAGCUCCCGAGCUCCUGCUACCCAACACCAGCCUGCUGCUACACAGCCUCCCCAAGCAAGUGGCCCUGCAACCUAUAGACCAAGUCAGGGAUCAACUCCCAGAUACCCCGAGCAGAAGCCAACAGUGGGCUCCCCGGCCCUGUCACAUUCCGUGCCCAGUCAGCCCCCCCCAACAGUCGACUUGGGAUACGUGGCAGCGAAGGAAGAGAGAGGCGUCAGGCAAUCCAGCCAGUUUGCUGCACCCAGCGGCAGCCCCCCACUGCCUCCCUCCCACCAACAGCAACAGCAGGAUGAAGAGGAUGAGGAGGCUUACGAUUCGGAUGAACCCACGACACUGGGAGCACUGGAGUUCAGUCUGAUAUAUGACCAGGUCAACAACGCUCUGCACUGCACCAUCGUAAGAGCAAAGGGGCUGAAACCUAUGGAUUCUAAUGGCUUAGCUGAUCCGUAUGUGAAAGUUCAUCUCCUGCCUGGAGCCAGCAAGUCGAACAAGCUGCGCACAAAGACUCUGCGCAACACUCGAAACCCAGUGUGGAACGAGCGGCUAACGUACCAUGGAAUCAUCGAGGAUGACAUGCUGAGGAAGACUCUCAGGAUCUCUGUCCUGGAUGAGGACAAAUUUGGUCACAAUGAAUUCAUUGGAGAGACCAGGGUUUCUCUGAAAAAACUCAAGCCUAAUCAAGUAAAGAACUUCAACAUCUGCCUGGAGAGAGUGGUGCCGGUUAAGCGAGGUUCUACGGCCGGCUCCUCACGAGGAAUGUCACUUUACGAGGAUGAGGCUGAGUAUGGUGCUGAAACGGAAGAGCGGGGCCGAAUCCUCAUCUCGCUCCUGUACAGCAGUCAGCAGGGCGGCCUGAUCGUGGGAAUUAUACGCUGCGUUCAUUUGGCUGCCAUGGAUGCCAAUGGAUACUCUGACCCCUUUGUCAAAAUCUGUCUCAAGCCUGACAUGGGAAAAAAGGCCAAGCAAAAAACACAGACCAAGAAAAAGACACUGAACCCUGAAUUUAAUGAGGAAUUCUUCUAUGACAUUAAGCACAGUGACCUGGCUAAGAAAACCCUGGCGUUUUCCGUGUGGGAUUACGACAUUGGCAAAACCAAUGAUUACAUCGGCAGUAUUAUUCUGGGCAUCAAUGCCAAAGGAGACUGCUUGAAGCACUGGUACGAAUGCCUGAAGAACAAGGAUAAGAAGACUGAACGCUGGCACACACUAUAUAAUGCAAACCCUAUCCCCAGUGAUUGAGGAGUAUCCACUCGAGCCAAGGUUUUACUUACCACCAUUAUUCACUUCCUUUACCAUUCCUCUUCUUUGUUCCUCUCCUCCUGCUUAAGUCACUUUGAUGAAGGGUUACCAGCUUCAUGAAAAAUAUUUAACCAACAUGAAUCCUUUGUUGACAUACUCGAUAUGUGUUGACAUAAUCCCUCUGGAACAUCACCACAUCAGACAUGCAAGCUGCCACUGUGAGAAAAAUUAUGCACGAUUCUUCCGGCAUUAUUUAUCUUAAAAAUGGGUGCCAAAUUAUGUACUGGAAAGAGUUUAUUCCAUUACGUUCCUACAUGGGUUUGUGUCUCUGUGUAGACUUUAAGUAAAUAAACUCACUCUGGUAAGAACCAGCUGAACUACACAUUGAGCUGAAGGGACCAUGGGCGCAUUUUGCUAGUUAAAUGCUAGGAUAAAUCUUUACCAGUACAGGCAGGAGACUAGUCUAUUGCCUCUGGGAAGCAACCCUCAGUUUUCAACCCCACCUGCUGACCUACACUCGCCUGGGCAGCUCUGGCACAGCUGGUAGAGAUGCUGCAUCACAGCGUCCGAGACCCAGUUUUGAUCCUGACCUUGCACGCUGUCGAUGGAGUUUACACAUCUCCCUCUGACGGCAUGCAUUUCCUCCGGGUGUUCCAGUUUCUUGGUCCUCCAAAAUAUUCCAAAUGGAAUAUUUCCUCCCACAUCCCAAACACAUGGGGUCUUUAGGUUAAUUUAUCUCUGUAAAUUUGCGCCUAAUGUGUAGGGAGUGGAGGAGAAAGUGGAAUAACAUAGAACUAGUGUGAACGACUGAUCGGUG